AUGCCACUCACCAAAAGCCUCCUGGACAAAAAGUGGCAAUUUCGCCAAACCACAGUUUUAAACAGUAGCACAGCUUCAUCCUUCCUUCCCGUUUCUCAGUUUCCCACAGUUGCACACUUGGAUUUACUGCAUCAUGGACUUAUCAAAGAUCCGUAUAUUGAUGUCAAUGAGAUCGAAACUCUUUGGGUUAACGAUGCGGAUUGGGAAUACCGCACUACAUUCCCUUCUCCUGCUUCAUCUCCAACUUCCCUCCACGAGUUAGUGUUCGAGGGUUUGGAUACAAUAUGUUCCAUCGUAUUGAAUGGGACGGUGAUUCGGGAGACGAGGAACAUGCAUAUUGAGCACCGAGUUGAUGUGACUAAGUUGCUUAAGAAAGGAGACGGCGAGGAAAAUGUAUUGGAGCUGAAAUUCAAGAAUGCACCCGAGUUCGCCAAGAAAGAGAAAGAUAGAAUCGGUUAUAAGGGAAAUGGGACAGAUGUGCAUUUUGGUGGCCCCGAGAGGUUGUUCAUGAGGAAGGCACAGUAUCAUUGGGGGUGGGACUGGGGACCAGCGAUUAAUACUUCCGGACCUUGGAAGCCUGUUUGGCUUGAGAGCUGGGAUACCGAAGAAGGAAGGAUCAGAGACUGGAUUGUUAGGCAAGAGGUCAGCGAGGAUCUGAAGACGGCUGUGGUGAAGAUUAGGGGUAGUGUGGAGGGAGGGAAAGGAUCCCCUAUAUCAGUUGAGAUCACAGACGCAGAAGGGAGCCAAGUUCUUGUUCAAGACAUUAGUGUAGACUCAAAAGGAAAGUUCAGCGCCGACAUCGAAAUACGGAGCCCACAACUCUGGUAUCCCUUCACUUAUGGCUCGCAGCCCCUCUACACCAUCAUUGGCUCUUUGUCCUCGGCAGAUAGCAAGUCCAUUAAGCUCGGCUUCCGCCGACUCAGACUUCUUCAGCAUACAUUGAAGAAGGAACCAGGAACAUCCUUCACAUUCGAAAUAAACAAUACCCCCAUCUUCGCUGGCGGUUCCUGCUGGAUUCCAGGAGACUUCAUGCUCCCCCGCAUGUCCGCAAAGCGCUACCGAGACUGGCUCGAGCUUGCCAAAUCAGGAAACCAAGCCAUGAUCCGUGUGUGGGGCGGCGGUCUCGUUGAAUCCGAAGACUUCUAUUCUGCAUGUGACGAACUUGGUGUUCUAGUCUGGCAAGACUUUUUAUUCGCUUGCGGAAACUACCCUGCUGAAAAGGGGUUCGUGGAAGAAGUGAAGGUUGAGGCUGAGCAGCAAGUUAAGAGAGUUGGACAUCAUACUAGUCUAGCUAUUUGGGCGGGGAAUAAUGAGGAUUAUAUGGUUGCUGAGCGAUGGGGUUGGGAUUAUAACCCGGAGGAUAAUAGUCCGGAGAACUGGGAAAAGACGGAUUUCCCUGCCAGGACAAUAUAUGAGAUCGCGUUGCCAGAGAUUUGCGAAAGACUAGCUGGAGAUGUGCCGUAUUGGAGGAGUAGUCCUUACGGAGGGAAGACUUCGAACGACAAGACAAUCGGCGAUGUUCACAUCUGGAACGUUUGGCACGGCACAAUGUCCCCCUACCAAUCCUACAAAGACUACACCAGCCGCUUCGUCUCUGAAUUCGGCUUCGAAUCCGCGCCUUCUUUACGUACCCUCCACGACGGCAUCACAGACCCCUCAGAACGCCAUUGGCAGUCUCUCACCUUCGAUGCGCACGAUAAAGGGCCCGGGCACCAACGUCGCUACGGCAUGUACUCGGGCGAGAACUUCCGCUUCCAGUUCAACCCUCUCUCCUCUUUCGUCUACUGUUCUCAAUUCCUGCAAGCGGAAGCUAUGAGCUACGCUUAUAAUCAUUGGAGAAGAGAGUUUAGGGGCGCGGGAGAGGAGAACUGUAGUGGGAUUCUGGUGUGGCAGUUGAAUGAUAUCUGGCCGGGGACUAGCUGGGCCUUGGUUGAUGUCAACUGGGGGCGAAAACCGGCGUUCUAUAUCACGAAACGCGCUUUGGGGAAGGUUGUUGUGGGAAUGGAGAGGGUUGUUACGGGCGGGUAUGGAAAUUAUAUGACGGAUUGGAGUUAUCCCGAGAAAAGAGAUAAAGUGGAGAUUUGGGCUGUUAAUGGGAUGGUGGAGAAGCUUGAGGCUGUACUUAAGUUGAGUGCAUUUGAUAUUGGAAGUGGCAAGGAAGUGGAAUUACCGGAAGAGGAGAGGACAAGGAAGUUGGUGCUGGGUGGGAAUAAGACCACUGAGAUUACCAAGAUUGAUAUCCCAAGUGCGGAUAAGACUGUGCUAGUCGCGUAUUUGGAUGACGAGAAGACUGGCGAAAGACUUGCAAGAUGGAUCACUUGGCCCGAACCAUUGAAGUUCGUCAAGUUCUAUAAGGACUUGAAGGUUGAAGCUACGCUUGAUGGCGAGGUCGCCACUCUUAAGGCAAAUGCUCCGGUGAAGGGUGUGGUGCUUCAAGUUCCCAUCGAAGAAGGAGGCGAGGACGCGGUGUUUGAUGACAAUUUCGUAGAUCUGGUUCCCGGAGAGGAAAUCAAGAUUGGAGUAAAGGGCUUGGAUGGGAGGAAGAUUGAGACGAGAUAUCUAUGUGAUUGGGAGUACAAGGAGGGGUUUGUUCUGUGA